GCGCGUCGGUUGGUCCAUCGCGUGCGGUCCAAAAUCGCUGGGAGAUAGCGUUGUGUGAACUUUGAAGUCGUCACUCGCCAUCGGAGCUAAUGCUCGUGGCUUUUUGCUCAUGGAAGAAGAAGAGCAAAAGCCGGCGAUGAGGCCAUGCUUCGAAAGCAAUCAAAGGAAGAAAUCGAGAUCCGGAGCUCCUUCUUUCGCUCCGAUUAACAAUCUUGAUGAUGGGUGUCUCAUGCACAUCUUCAGCUUCCUGUCUCCUAUUCCAGAUCGUUAUAACACAGCCCUCGUUUGCCACAGAUGGUGUUACUUGGCGUGUCACCCUCGGCUGUGGCUACGAGUAGACCGGUCUGUAAAAGAUUCAUCAGAUCCAGGAGCUUUCCCUAAUAUUGAGUCGGCUGUCUCUGCUGCAAGACCUGGAGAUACCAUUCUGAUUGCAGCAGGUGGAAGUCAUGUUGCCUCUAAUAUUCAGAUAAAGAAACCACUUUGCCUGAUUGGUGGAGGUGAACUUCCAGACGAGACAAUGCUUCUCUGUUCGCGAGGUUCAGACAGUGCUCUGGAGUUCCUUUCUUCGUGCAAACUGUCGAAUCUAACUGUGAAAGCUGAGCUUGGAUGCUGUCUCCUUCAUAGGAGCGGAAGGCUGAUUAUAGACGGUUGUGUUCUCCAGUGCGAGACGGACCCUUUGGACUACCUCUCGUGCCCGAUUGUGAGCACGGCUACAGGCAGCAAGGUCGUUUCCUCUCCUAUUGGUUAUCAUGGCGAUGGUGUUUCUGUCUCUCAGACACGAAUUGAAGGCGGUGCCAAAGCAGUAUUGACAAGUGGGGACCUAGCAUUGCAGCGUGUUCGGGUUAUGUGUGCUCGUACUUCUCUAUUCUUCUGGUUCGACGUCGAGUGUCCAUCUUGACUCGAUAUCUUUGUGUUGUUGUCUGUAGUAUAUUCUAGUACCAACUGUGGAUUUGUUUGUGAAUGAACCGCACAGUGAACGUUUGCAAACACGAAGGUGAUUCACACUAGAGCAAAUUUCAUGGUCUGACUUAUAAAAUGAAUCAUU